AUGGCCGGAGAUGGCGGCGCUCUGAAGGAUCUGAAUGAGAUUAAAUCCCAGUUCCGGACCCGGGAGGGUUUCUACAAACUGCUCACCCUCUCGGACUCGCAGCAGCGGGGCGGGCUGCCGCGGGCCAACUCCUCUCCGGCGGGCUUCCUGCCGCCGGUCCGGGUCUCCAUGGUGAAGCUGCAGCCCGAGGACCCGGGCGAGGAGUCGGAGAGAGUUUGCUUCAACAUCGGCCGGGAGCUGUACUUCUACACCUACACCAACAUCAAGAAGGCUGUAGACCUCAGUAAGCCAAUAGACAAGAGGAUCUACAAGGGGACCCAGCCAACGUGUCACGACUUCAACCAGUACUCGGCCACAGCAGAGAGUGUGGCUCUCAUCGUGGGGUUCUCAGCCGGACAAGUCCAGUAUCUGGACCCCAUUAAGAAGGAAACCAGUAAACUCUUCAAUGAGGAGAGGUUGAUAGACAAAUCCAAGGUGACGUGUCUAAAAUGGCUUCCCAAGUCAGAGAACCUGUUCCUGGCCUCCCAUGCCAGUGGCCACCUCUACCUCUACAACGUGGACCACCCAUGCGGCACCACAGCCCCCCAGUACUCUCUGCUGCGGCAGGGAGAAGGCUUCGCCGUCUACGCCUGCAAAACCAAGACGCCGCGCAACCCGCUGUUGCGAUGGGCCGUGGGUGAAGGGGGCCUCAAUGAGUUUGCCUUCUCCCCGGAUGGCGUCCAUGUGGCGUGUGUGGGCCAGGACGGCUGCCUGCGCGUCUUCCACUUUGACUCGAUGGAGCUGCAGGGGGUGAUGAAGAGUUACUUUGGGGGGCUGCUGUGCGUGUCGUGGAGUCCGGAUGGGAAGUACCUUGCCACCGGCGGUGAGGACGACCUGGUGACCGUCUGGUCGUUUGCAGAGAGCCGUGUGGUAGCAAGGGGCCACGGCCACAAGUCUUGGGUGAAUGUGGUGGCGUUCGACCCCUUCACGACCUCCCUGGAGGAUGACGAGCCGAUGGAGCUUAGCGGCAGUGAGGAGGACCUCCACCAGGGGGCGCCUAACAACACCAUGCACUUUGGCCGGGUCCGAACAAGCAGCACGCUGUCGCGUCUUUCUCGUCACAGCUCUAAAGGUGGAGGCACGCCGUCGGUCACGUACCGGUUUGGCUCAGUGGGGCAGGACACCCAGUUCUGUCUGUGGGACCUGACGGAUGACGUGUUGUACCCACGCUUACCGCUGUCCCGCGCGUUCACUAACACUUUCGGACCCUCGCUAUCCAACUCUGGCAGCGUGGUGGUCAACAGCACCUCAGGUGGGGGAGGAAGUGGGGGGGUUGAGGGACACCAUCACCCACCUAACACCAACACUGGCACAGCCAACCCACCAACACUCCCCUUACCGCUCCCCCGCUCCCUCUCACGCUCCAACUCUCUGCCCCACCCCGCCGUGGCAAACACCUCCAAAGGUCAGGGGGCCUCGGAGGGCAGUGGGGCAGGUGGAGGAGGGGGAGGGACCAGCGCCGGAGGAAACAUCACCCCGUUCAGCAUCGGCCGCUUUGCCACGCUGUCGCUCCAUGAGCGCAAGUCGGACAAGUCAGGGGGCAGCGGGGGGGUGGAGAAGGAGCACAAGCGCUACCACAGCCUGGGCAACAUUAGCAAAAGCAACGACAAGAUCAACGUGGCGCCGAGAAGCAAUCGUCUGGACGCUGCUAAGGUGCUGGGCACCACGCUGUGCCCACGCAUGCACGAGGUGCCGCUGCUGGAGCCGCUGGUUUGCAAGAAGAUCGCCCACGAGAGGCUGACGGUCCUGGUGUUCAUGGACGACUGCAUCAUCACCGCCUGCCAGGAGGGGCUCAUCUGCACCUGGGCCCGGCCGGGGAAGGCGGUACGUCUGCAGUCAAGUCUUUCAUUAGAAAGUCAUAGUUAUUUAUUAUUUAAAGAUUUUAAACAAGCUCAAAUGGGACGAUGCCAAAAAGUCUCAUAUUUAUAAACUUAAAUAGGUGAUGAAUUUCACUCUUAAACUGGGUCCUUCCACUUCUCUCCUCUGGGGUUUUACUUCUUCCAGGACCUUAAAUAUCAAAUUGUAAUUAGCCUACUUAUUGUCAGACGUUCUGCUGCCUCCAGCAAAACAAUGCAGGUCAGUCAUAAAGUUAUUUUGAGUCCAGUUUUGCUUCUUCAGACUUCAGAAGGAGAUGAUAUCUCUUCUCCUUUCCGCUGCAACAAUGGCUUCUUAUCUUCCUGCACUUAAAAGUGAAGUUUGGAUUUUCUUGAUUGUCCCUCGUCUCUAACGUUCCCUCGUGUUCUGUGUCUUUGUGUCUCCUUCAGAACCUGACAGCACAGAACGGGAACUCUCCGAGCGGCACCGUGGUAUAGCCGGAGGAGAAGCUUUGCACUCAUCCCUCCCUCCACCUCCUCCCUCCCUCCUUCCUCGUUCUCAGCCUUCUUCUUUUCUAUCCUACGCUUCUCUCCAUUCCUGCUCCAACAUGUCAGACCGUGCCCGACACACGCUGAUAACAAUAAUAACUUCAUUUAUACAGCAGAUUUCAAAGCACAAAUCAUUUAAAAUCAUGAAUCACAUGGGAGUAAAACCAAUAUCGUUAUAUCAGCCAGUAUAUAUAUCAAAAACAAAUUGGCAGUGAUUCCUAAGAGUUCAUAAUCAAAAGUCAUGACAAAUAAAUAAACGAUAUUAUAAGCAACUUUAAGUAAAGAAUACACAAAUCCAACCAAAUAUGUAGAGCUUCUAGAAAGAAAAUAAACAAUUGUAAAAUUCUUUAAUUAUUUCCAUAUAACACAAUUAUAAAUGCACAUCUUUUCUGCUUUGUUAAUUCUAUAAAAUAAAAGAUUUCAUUGGUCGGGCUCAGUUUCCUGAUAACUUCACUCUCACAGUAAACGUGACACUUGUUACAAAGUUAACAGGAACCAGAACAAAUACUAAUAUAGAGCGACAGCUAGUUAGCAGUUAGCUUCGCUCAGUGUUUGUUCAUUUACCUUUGGCUGUAGAAUGUAUUUAUUUAAAAUUUACGAUGCAGAGAUUGACUGUCACUCAUAGUUUGUGUAUCAUCAGGCUAUUCUCCAAUUCUAUGUUAGAAAAUAUAACACUAUUGAAAAAAGCUAAAAUAUAUUUAGUUAGUUCAGUUUCAUCAGCCGGAUUUGAAGGAUUUUAAUAAACGUCUAAAUACCAGAAACAUAUAUUUUGAGGGGAUGGAACCUUUGAUUUCACAGAGCAGCAUUUAUUCCUUAACAUUUGUAGUAAGAAAUCCGGAUGUUUUAUGAGCAGGAAACACUGAUCUGUCCUCAGGGAGAGUUUCCAAACUCACGCCACAGUGGGAAGGAAGUUUUUCCCUCUUCCAUCACCUCCCUCCUCCCUGUUGCUCUGAAGAAAGACUGCAUCCAACAAACCGACCCUCCUCUCAGUUCGUAACCCUGAAGGAACGAGGAGCGAAGUCUUCUUCUGUUCGUCAGCCUCUGUUCGUCAGCCUCUGUUCUUCAGCCUCUGUUCUUCAGCCUCUGGUCUUCAGCCUCUGGUCUUCAGCCUCUGGUCUUCAGCCUCUGUUCUUCAGCCUCUGGUCUUCAGCCUCUGGUCCUCAGCCUCUGGUCUUCAGCCUCUGGUCUUCAGCCUCUGGUCUUCAGCCUCUGGUCCUCAGCCUCUGGUCUUCAGCCUCUGGUCUUCAGCCUCUGGUCUUCAGCCUCUGGUCCUCAGCCUCUGGUCCUCAGCCCCUGUUCUUCAGCCUCUGGUCUUCAGCCUCUGGUCCUCAGCCUCUGGUCCUCAGCCCCUGUUCUUCAGCCUCUGGUCUUCAGCCUCUGUUCUUCAGCCUCUGGUCUUCAGCCUCUGUUCUUCAGCCUCUGUUCUUCAGCCUCUGGUCUUCAGCCUCUGGUCUUCAGCCUCUGGUCUUCAGCCUCUGGUCCUCAGCCCCUGUUCUUCAGCCCCUGUUCUUCAGCCUCUGGUCUUCAGCCCCUGGUCUUCAGCCUCUGUUCGUCAGCCUCUGGUCUUCAGCCUCUGGUCUUCAGCCUCUGUUCCUCAGCCUCUGGUCUUCAGCCUCUGGUCUUCAGCCCCUGUUCUUCAGCCUCUGGUCUUCAGCCUCUGUUCUUCAGCCUCUGGUCUUCAGCCUCGUCCCAUCCCCCCCUUUUCUCCUUAAUGCAAAAGCCACGGCCAUGUAUUUAAGUUAUUUAUUUUAUCACAAGACUGUGUAGUAAUUUAUACUGUAAAUACUGAAAAUACUCUAUAAAUACAAAAAGGACAAACGCAUAUGGAAAUAAUGACUUGACAACGAGUAAGUGAAGAAAAAGCCGUGAAGAUGAAGAAUAUUAAUAUAUGAAGAUCCUUCUAUUGUACAUAAAAGCCACAGUUAAAAGUUGAAUGUCUGCUGUUUAAGGGAACUUGAAGAUGUCAAUGUGUUUUUAUUUCGUGUGAGAGAGUUUCUCCAGUUCGUCCCUGAAAGUGAGAAGGUUUAAAUCCGUGGAAGGAGACGAGAGUAUUUGGGUUCAGGAUCCUCAGAGCGGUGGCUCGCUCCACGUCUCCGCUCCCCGUCCAAAACAUUCUGCUGACAAACAUCAUGUGGACAAACAGCAUCAAGGCUCACGAGCAAACACACACUGUUGCACAUUCCGAACAUGAAAAGGCUUACACGUACUGUACAUGCACCCACACAACAAACUAACACAAACCCACCACUGGUGUAGCAUCAUAUGCAGUUUACUGUGUCUUGGGCUCCAUUCCUGUUGCACCUGAAUUGCCUCUUGCAAGAAUUUGCACAUACAAUAAAUCCACAGUACAUCCUGA